UCUCCACUACCGAACUCGCCAGCCGGGUCGAGGCGAGUGCUAUAAUUAUCGGUCAAUAUCCGCCGACCAUUACACAAGCCUCGCCCAAUAGAUAUCCGUCGACUUGACCGACCCGGGUCCGGGCGAUCGGCUGGCCAUCCCGAUAAUCUCGACCAUGAUCAUGAGGUCGACGCCGCCCGCGGCUGCGCUAGUCGCCGCCCUCGUCGGGCUCGGGUUCUUGGUGCCAGGAGUCCGAGGAGCAGAUGCCACCUGCUUCAACACCUUUGGCAACCAAGACAAUAACCUAUUGCCGUGCUUCUCGGGGGGCACAACGUCUGGCACUGUCGGCUGCUGCCAGAAAGGCGACGUCUGCCUCUCCAAUGGCCUCUGCCUCAGCUCCGAGCGUCAGAACCUCAUGACGCAGCAAGGCUGCACUGACAAGAAUUGGGGCUCGCCAUGCAAUAGGCCCUGUUCGCCCAGCACGGGUUUGUUCUCCUGUGCUAGCCAGGCCUUGAUCUGCACAACAGCUGCUAACCUUGGCCCAUUAGACCUCUUCAACACAAUGAAAGACUCAGAUGUAGUCGUGCUCCUCCCUUGUGACGGGAGCUUCAAUGGCACUUCUGUGCAGUACUGCUGCAGCGCGGGCCCGUCAACACAAUCAUGCUGCAAGCCGUCGUCAUGGUUUAAAGUCGCCGCAGGCACCGUCAUAGGAACGCCGGCCUCGGCGACAACCACUGGGUCGACGACUAUGUAUGGAGCAACCAGACCAACCGGAAGUUCAACAUCGCAAACUAGUGCUGCAACCACCGCCGUCUCCGCUCCAACAUUCCCGGCGCCUGACGAACGCAGCGGGCCGGAUCCCGUAAAAGUGGGACUGGGCGUGGGCUUUGGCGUGGGAUUGCCGCUACUCCUGGUUCUGGUGAUACUUGGUGUCUUCCUGGUGCGCAAGGGGUCGACAUUAUCAGACCGCCGCCGCCGGCCGUCGCGCCACGACUUCCGCCACCGACAGAUGGCCUCGUUUGGAGCCAUCGACACCACCCUGGGUCCCCCCUCGCCCACCGAGUCCGCUUGGCAGGCCUGGGGCCCCGUGUCUGCCGCCACAUCCACUUGGCCAGCGCCUCCGCCGCCCAUUGCCGGCCUGCCCCCAAAGGCAGAGAUGGACGGCGGCAGCGUUGUUCUUCGUUCCCCCACGCCACAAAAAUACGAGCUUCCCGACAAGGAGCAUUCCAGGUGACAUUACGCUACGCGCAAUGGCUACUACGCUGUGUAAAACUAACUGCCUACUGACUAAUAUUCUCAUUUAUUAUUGUCUUUUUGUCGUCUCCCUGGCUUUGGGAGUUCUCAAACGUUGAGCUGAGUGUACUAUGAUUGUGGAACUGAAAAGAGACGGUCCAAGGACUGGGGACUGAGGCUCUGCGGGAAUGCCGAACCACUGGGAGGAAGGAUACGUGCUAUUUCACUUCACCCGUCAUCGAGAAUGGCCCAUCGAGAAUGGCGGCUAAAUGCCGGGGCAUCUAGGGUUCAAUGUCUGAAAGGAACAUGACAGCAGUGAAGA